AUGGGAAGCAAGGCAGCGCCGCCGCCGCUGGCUGAACAGCACUCGUCGCCUGUCAUGGCGGCCUCCGCGACCACCGACGGUCCAUCCUUCCCCAUCUACAUCUCAUCCGACGAGGAGGAGGACGUGGCAGUCCUUGGCUCCUCCAGCAGCCCCGACGAGAUCCAGAUCCAGCAGGCCAUCCUCCUCUCCAUCGGCCUCUCGCGCGACCCGACAGGCAUGCCCUCCUCCUCGGCCUCCCUCUCCGGAACCGACGUCGACAUGACAGACCGCAAAGGCAAGCGUAAACUACGAUCGGAGUCGCCGCAUCAAGUCAUAGAUAUUGAUGAUAAUGAUAGGCAUGAAGUCAUAGAUGUAGAUGACGAUGACAGCCUGAUCUUCAUCAAAAAGACAGGCAGCGGGAAGUGGAGAAAACCACGUAACGGCGGCCUGCUCGAGGUCGGCGAAGGUUCCCACAGCGCCACGAUCAUGAAAGAGUUCUACUGCACAAUCUGCAUGGAGACGCUCCCCGGCGUCGAGCGCUUCCCCGUCGCCGGGUGCGCGCACGCCUUCUGCGCGGGCUGCGUGAGGCAGUACAUCGCGGCGAGGGUCGAGGACAACCUGCUGUCCAUGGGCUGCCCCGACCCGGGCUGCAAGGACGGCGUGCUGCACCCGGAGGAAUGCCGCGACAUCAUCCCGCCUCAGCUGUUCCAGCGGUGGGGCGCCGCGCUCUGCGAGCUGGCGCUCGGGGACCACAAGUUUUACUGCCCCUUCAAGGACUGCUCGGUGCUGCUGAUCGACGACGACCCCGGCCCCGGCGACGGCGGCGUGGCCGCGCUCACGAACGUGGAAUGCCCACACUGCAACCGGAUGUUCUGCGUGCAGUGCAAGGUGCCGUGGCACGAGGGCGUGGACUGCGCCGAGUUCCAGCGGCUCGGGAAGGACGAGCGCGGGCGGGAGGACCUGCUGCUGAGGAAGGUCGCGCAGGAGAGCAAGUGGCAGCGGUGCCCCAAGUGCAAGAUCUACGUCGAGAAGGUGGACGGCUGCACCUUCAUCGCCUGCAGGUGCGGGCACUGCUUCUGCUACCUGUGCGGCUCUACGAUGGCGAGGAGCAACCAUUAUUGCGCAAAGUGCAAGCGGUGAUCGGUGAACCAUCUUAUAAAAUGCAC